CAGGAAGUGGACAAGCAGCAGGAGGAGGAUGUUGGUUCUAAGCAGGGUCAACACUCACGUCAGUCCACAGAGGAAUUCCCAAAUCAUGACAUUUUCUGUGGUCUGGGUCAUUCAUUGAUGGCUGCGAUAAAAGCAAAGCUAAAGUCGAAGCCGACCAAGAUGGAGGAGAAGACGACGAGUGAAGCCGGCGUCCGAGGAGCAGCAGGGGAGACGAGCGGCACCUACAACACCAACGGGAGUUCUGGUUGGAUGAGACGGAUGCUGAGGGCAUUCGAUGGCGAUUCUUAUCAGAAACAACUGGAGCUGAAGAAGGAGAACUUUGGGAAGAUCCAACAGUCUUUCAGUGAAGUUCACAGAGUCAGGAAGCUGCUCCAACUGGGCAAGUCAGUUUGUAAGCUCAUAGUUCAGGAUGUUUGUCAGGGAACAGGCUUUGUGCUGUUUGAUAGGUUCAUCCUGACCAAUGCGCAUUUAUUUAACAAAUGUGUUGAAGGUAACAAGCUGCGGGAAGGCACUGAUGUUUAUGCCCUUUUUAACUAUGAAGAACCUGAGCCACACACUGAUUACCACACUUUCACUGCUGAGAAGACACUGAUUGACUUUGACGUGGAGCUGGACUAUGCCAUACUGGAGCUCAACCACAAGCCUAUGAGAGACGAUCAAAAAAAAAAAGCAAAGAACCUGAAGGUGCCACCAGGGCUCCUGAGCAAGUUUGGUCCUCCACCUGACAAUGGUGAAGCCUGUCUGAUUGGCCACCCAGCAGGAGAAGUGAAAAAAAUAGAUCCUACAUGCAUCAUUGAAAUAGACAAUCGAGGGCAGGCAGUGGGCCAACAGUUACACCCCUACAAAGACAAGCUGUUCGUUGUCCAGUCAGUCGUCGAAGCGCUCAAACAACAAGGCAUUGAAAGCAUAUUGGAGGGAGGAUGUAAAGCAGACAAAGUUGUGACCUACAACACCUUCAUGUAUCACGGAUCUUCUGGCUCCCCAGUGUUUGAUGUCGGGUGCAAAGUUUUUGGUUUGCACACUGCAGGGUAUUGCUAUGGGUUUCCAAAGGAGACAGACAGUGUGAUUGAGUUUUCACUACCACUGCUGACUAUAUUUGAGAAUUUUGUGGACAAACUGAAAGACAGCGGAAACAAGGAGCUGUUGGACAGAGUUAGAAAGGCAACAGAGGGAAACCCAUACCUAAACCAGAUCCUUGAGGGUGAAUCCCUGACAGAGGAGGACAUGGACGACAGCUAGCCAACUAGAUCAGAAGCUCUUCGACACAUCUGGCUCCAGAGAUUUUCUUCUUCAUGAAGUCAUUUUACUCCAAACAUUCAAACAGUCAAGCGCGUUAGAUGUUUGUUUGUUUCUCUGAAAGUCAUCACAUCCAGUUUUGUAUGUUGACUAAUCUGGAUGCCAACAUGUACGUUUACUUUCUAUGUUCAUCUUCCACAGUUAUCACAUCAAUGUUAAUCAUUUUGUUUCCU